GGCAAUUUGAUAUACCUCGCUCUCAUAACAGAAUGUAUGCCCAUAAUCCCAAAGUUCCUCUUCAACCAUAUCGACCCAAGCGCACCUCUAUUUGUUUUCGGGAAAGUAUUUGACAUCCCUCGACUCGAUCAAGCCAUAGGGAUCCUCUUGCUUCAUUGGCACGAAGUCAAGGAUCCAGAAGGUCAGGUUAUCGAUGAUCUUGGUUGUUAUACUGUUUGGGAAACCGUUCAACAACACAUCGAGAUUCCUGAACCUGCUCAAGCUCGGUGAGACGACUUUGGACAUUCCUCUUCGGUGAUUAAGUGCGUGACCAUCAUGGAUGUCUCGUGGACGCGAACCCCAGCUUGGGUCGAGCUGACAUCUCC